GUUUUAUCCACUGAUUGGGGAUUGAGAUUGGCGCAGCGAAAUGGCGGACCAAGCUCCAAGCAGAUGUAUUAGAAAGGGCCCCAUCUCUGCUUGAUGGAUCAAAGAGACUGAAAUUUCGAGCUUGUAACAUCGAAGUCGAAAACAGCUGCGGUUCUAGACCCGGAGAAAGAGUUCCUAAGGACGAGACAUACCUAGUUGGAUUCUUCAACAGCGGGCGCAGCAUUUCAUGCGCACUUGCUUUGGAGAGCAAGGUCAAGGCCCUGUCUCAGAAUUGUGUGGAAGCUGCAGCUUGCUAUGGAGAACGCAAUUGCCAGCUCGCCAUACCCGGGGUCGGAGAACGGGGCUCCACGGGACGAUCUCCAAGACGCCUAUCUGUCGGAGCUGCUCUCUUACAGCUUGGAGCGCUUGAACAAGGAGCCUGAGCUUCUAAAAGCGGAUGGAGACCGGGUCAAGCGCCAAAUGCAGGAAGUGGCAGUAAGCCACUACCGUGCAUUCAUCACAGCGGCGCAGGCGGUGCAGUCAAUCCGUGCGGAACUGUCUGCGAUUGACAAUCAUUUGGGGUCCCUGAUCUCGGAGCUCCCUCGAUUGACCAAAGGCUGCAACGACUUCAAGGAGGAGGCACAGCAGAUCAUCGAGAAGCGGAAGAUGAACAGGACGAUGCAGUCCAACCACACGAAGCUGCUUGACCUUCUUGAGAUUCCACAACUUAUGGACACGUGUGUCCGAAACGGAAACUAUGAUGAGGCGCUCGACUUGGAGGCCUUCGUCUCCAAACUCGCCACCAUGCAUUCCAAACUCCCUGUCAUUCAAGCGCUGGCUGAAGAGGUCCGGGCCACCACCGAGUCCAUGCUCUCUCAGCUCUUGCAGCGACUACGGUCUAACAUACAGCUUCCGGAGUGCCUUCGGGUAAUUGGGUACCUCAGGCGGCUGGCAGUCUUCAGCGAGCACGACAUGCGGUUGCAGUUCCUGAGGUGUCGGGAAGCGUGGCUUGCUGACAUCAUAGAUGACCUGGACCCGUCCAAUCCGUACGACUACGUCAAGCGCCUCACGGACCACCACCGAGUGCACCUCUUCGAUGUCGUCAUGCAGUACAGGGCCAUCUUUGCUGACGACACGUCCAAUCAGGAGGAGGCUGCAGACGGGGGCCUCGUGUACAGCUGGGCGAUGCACCGCGUGACGGCAUACCUGACAGUCCUCCAGCACAUGCUGCCCAGGAUCACGGAGGGCAGCCCGCUGAGCAACGUGUUGGACCACUGCAUGUACUGCGGCAUGAGUUUGGGGCGCGUCGGCCUCGACUUUCGUGGGCUGCUUCCACCACUCUUUGAGGCAUGUGUGUUCGGCCUCUUCUCCCGCAACAUCGGCCUUGCAGUCGACCAGUUCCAGCAUGUGCUCAAUUCCCACCGGUGGGUUCCGCUUCCGGCCAUCAAGGGCGGAACUCGGUCCGCUGGUGGAGACGAGAACGGGGAGGACGUGGCGCCCCCGUAUUCGUUGAUGGAGCACCCGCCCCUGGCCGCGUUUGUGAAUGGUGUCCUCGCCGCUCUGAACGAGCUCCGGCACUGUGCCCCGACGGCGCUCCGCUCGUCCCUCGCGUCGGUCCUCCAAGACGGGCUGCGACAAGUCGCGGAGGCCCUGCAGCGCUACCACGCGACGCGCAUUGGCCUGCGCGAGAACGAGCAAACGCUGUUCCUCGCUCUCGUUAGGGCCUUUGUCGACGUCGCCGCCCCGUAUUGUGUUCUGUGCUUUGGGCGGUGCUACGUCGGGGGCGCGGGUCUCGUGGAAACGAAAGCGUUGCUGGAACCGCUGAGAAAGAUGGUGACGGUGCACGUUGACGGCGGGCGGAGUAACGGGACGGCGCCCGCGGUUUCUGGAAUUGAGAGUCUGAGCGUUGGGGGGCGGGAAACGGGCGCGGGCGAGGAGAGCACGGUUCUGAAUGGGGCGGAGGAGAAAGGGGUGGAGAGUGGAGAGGAAGUGCAGAGUGCAGAAAAGGAUGGCGAGAAGGCUGAACUUGAACCCGCUGCUGAGACGGCAGAGGUACCAGUUAUCAGCUAGAAUCAAGGACCGCUUUUGCAGUGUUUGCAGCAGUGGCUGCAAUCAUUGGCCAUGGUGGUUUCAUAUUGGAAUCUAUGCUCGGAUCAUCAGGUUCGGCAUGCUACGAUCGCGAGGGGCCUUUACCACAUGUGAGCUUCCCCCUGGACGAACCUGGUCCUCCGACUAGUUCGGAUGUCUUUGGAAGGAGUUGGGUCAUGUCGUGAAGAUGGUUCUUUUACAUAGAAAGUCCGACUUAUUCAGGUUAGGGCGGACUUGCACGCGUGUAUGGCAUUUCAAUGCAUGUAAGUUGUGAAUAUUAAACACAGGACAUCAGAUUGUUUAACCAGGGUUUCUUUCG